AUGAAGCUGAGCGUGGCUACGAUCUCGGCUUUGGCUACUCUGGCCACUGCGGUUCCCCACAGGCGGAACAGUGCACAAUGGGAUCAGGUUCGCUCCAAUAUCAAACAUGUUAUCUAUCUGAUGUUGGAGAACCACUCGUUCGACAACAUCGCGGGCUACUGGGACUUCCACCCGGACAUUGACAACCUGCGCAACAUCGACUACUGCAACGAGUACACGAACCCCAACUGGACAGUCUGGGGUGAACCUCUGAAUGUCUGCGCGGCGCCGUUUGAGACUGAGGUGCCCCUCACUGACCCGGACCACAACUUCGCGGGUGUCACCUACGAGAUCUUCCGCAAGUGGAACGUCACCAAGGAUGAUGUUCCCAACAUGGGUGGAUUCAUUGAGCGUCAGUCGGAGAAAUACAGUGCUACGCCGGGCGAAUCCAGCUUCGUCAUCAAGGCGUACGACCAGAAGAAAACGGCGACUCUGGCGGAAGUUGCCCAGAACUUCGCCUUCUGGGAUAGUUAUCACGCCGAGCACCCCGGCCCUACCAACCCCAACCGUCAGUUUGCUACUUCGGGUUCUACCUGUGGUAUGGUAGAUAACACUUACCAAUCUGCUGGAUGGUAUGCCAAUUACACGGGUACCACGUGUGCCACCUCGAUCUUCGAGUCGCUCAGUCAGAAGAACAUCACAUGGAAGAACUACUAUGAGACCGACAUUGUCGAUGCUUUCAUGUACAAGUGGGUGCAAGACAAUGCCAUGGACCGCCUGGUUCACUCCGACCAGUUCUACCGCGACCUCGAGGAGGGCACUCUCCCGCAGUUCUCCUACUACAACCCCGAGUGCUGCACCAUCGACUCCAUGCACCCGACCAGCAACAUGGCCUCGGGCGAGCAGCUGAUCAAGCAUCUGUACGAUGCGGUGCGCAAGUCCAAGUACUGGGACAAUGUUCUGAUCGUCAUCAACUUCGACGAACACGGUGGUUUCGCCGACCACGUCCCCACCCCUGUCAAUAUUCCCCAGCCUGAGGAUGGCAUUACUUUCUCCGGUGUGUCGGACGGCCACAACGUGACCUACGAUUACACUCGAUUGGGUGUUCGUGUCCCCGCGUUCCUGAUCUCCCCCUGGGUGCCCGCCAACCACCUGAUCCACGAUCAAGGGACGAGCUACGCCAACAACUCGGCGUACACCCACACCUCGAUCCUGCACUUCCUGCAGGAGCUGUGGAGCCUGGACGGGCUCAACAACCGGGUGCAGUGGGCCAAGACCUUCGAGUACCUCUUCACCAACACCAAGCGGGAGGACACCCCGGAGAAGCUGACGACGCCGACCUGGUACGGGGGCAGCAACGAGCCCAAGCCGGACCCGUUCUACAAGCUGAACCAGGACUACGACUAUUAUGAGAAUCUGUAA